CCCGGCUGCACCAAUAAACCGCUACAGUAGGCGGAUGAAGAGAUUACUACCGCGUGAAAUGCUUCCGUGUGUUUUCAUGUCCUUAUUUAUAGUUAUAUCUCACCAUAAAUGAAUGUAUUUUCUUACAUUGUUUAGUUUGAUUUAAUUCAACGAAUGAAAGACGAAAAGCAGAGCCCGCGAGAAGGUUUAAAACGCAGAAACAGCCACACGUGCUCGUGCCGCCUUUGAAGUGUAAAAGAUUUACGUGGACGUUUAACGUGUUCUGCCUUAUUCGGUGCAUCUCUUACCUUUUCGUCGAAAAAGAUGGAGAAGCAGCCUUUACCAACUGAUGAUGACAGAACAGGAGCCACAGAGUCCGAGAUGGAUUGCCUCGCUGGCCAGGAGAGCCAGCAGAGCACAUCUGAGCCCGCUGCUCGAGCUGGAUGGAACAGUAAAAUCGAGUAUUUUUUGGCCCAGGUGGGUUUCAGCGUUGGACUCGGCAAUGUCUGGAGGUUUCCUUAUUUGUGCCAUCAAAAUGGAGGAGGAGCUUUCCUCCUGCUUUAUGUGCUGUUGAUGCUGGUGGUGGGCAUCCCUUUAUUCUUCUUGGAGCUGGCAGCCGGGCAGGCCAUCCGACAGGGCAGCAUCGGAGUGUGGAAGUACAUCUCCCCAAGGCUUUCAGGAAUUGGAUACUCGAGCUGUGUGGUGUGUUUCUUUGUGGCUCUUUACUACAACGUUAUCCUGGCGUGGAGUCUUUUCUAUCUCGGGAACUCGUUCCAGUACCCUUUGCCUUGGGAACAGUGUCCAAAAGAGGGGAAUGUAACAGUACAAGAAUGUCAGAAGAGCUCCCCAACAUCGUAUUUCUGGUACCGCAAAGCUUUGGAUAUCACCGACUCGAUUGAUGAGACGGGGACUUUUAACACGUACAUCGUCUGCUGUCUGCUGGCCGCCUGGACUAUCGUGUGUCUGGGGAUGUUCAAGGGAAUCAAGAGCUCUGUCAAGGUGAUGUAUUUCUCGUCCAUCUUCCCCUAUGUGGUGCUGUUCUGCUUCCUGGUGCGAGGACUCCUGCUGGAUGGAGCCUUAGAUGGAAUCACCUACAUGUUCUACCCAAAGCUGGAAAUUUGGGCAGACAUCCAGGUGUGGAGGCAGGCAGCCACUCAGGUCUUCUUUGCUCUGGGCCUCGGCUUUGGAUCCAUCAUCGCCUACUCCUCCUACAAUCCAAAGAACAACAACUGUCACCGGGACGCCUUCACUGUCUCUUCUAUUAACUUUCUCACAUCUGUGCUGGCCACUCUGGUGGUGUUUGCUGUGCUUGGCUUCCGUGCCAAAGAAAAGGUCACGAGCUGUAUCAUCAGUAACAUCAAGGAGUUAUCAGAGCAGUUUCACAGCGGUUUUGUUGACCAAACCCUGAUGCCAUCCUUUGACUACUCUGACCCCAGUUCUGUGGCCUUUGAGGACUACAGGGCCUGGUUUAAACAGUCUGGAAACAUGGUUCCUGGCAAUUUAACAGACUGUGACCUGGAGAAAGAGAUGCAGAAGGGUGUGGAGGGCACAGGAUUAGCUUUCAUCGCCUUCACUGAGGCCAUGUCUCUCCUACCUGGCAGCCCCUUCUGGUCAGCGCUCUUCUUCCUCAUGCUCCUGAACUUAGGUCUCAGCACCAUGUUUGGAACUAUGGAGGGCAUCCUCGCACCACUCGCUGACCGCUUCAAAACUCUGGCCAACAACAAGACCAAACUUACAAUUUUCAGUUGCAUCAUUGGCUUUAUAAUUGGCCUGCUUUUCACUCAGCGCUGUGGGAACUACUUUGUGACGAUGUUCGAUGAUUACUCUGCCACUCUUCCUCUCAUCAUCGUGGUGGUUUUUGAGACCUUCAGUGUGUCUUGGUUGUAUGGAGCUGAUAGGUUUCUUGAUGACAUUGAGGGAAUGUUGGGCUGGCGUCCCAGUGUCAUUUACAAAUAUUUGUGGAAGUACAUCUGCCUGCUUGCUAUGCUUGGCCUGCUGGCAGCCACAACCAUUCAAAUGAUUAUCAAACGUCCCACUUAUGUGGCCUGGAACGAAGAGAUGGGGUCUGAAGAAACUCUGCCAUACCCAGACUGGGCUCUUGCUGUUCUGGCGUUACUGAUCGUAUUUGCCAUGAUGCCCGUCCCCCUGGGUCUGAUCCACGCUGUUCUGCAGGACAGAACAAAGAAAGCAGCAAGGGACACCGAGAUUGGUCAGUACAGCAUCGUUAGCACUGACGAGAAGUAUGAAACCCCCAUGACCGACAUGUCAGAGCUCGACCAAAGGAACGGCACCGCUGUCCAGUUCUAAAAAACAAUGAACUUGCUCUCACAUGGUGAGAAAAUUGUUCAGUAAUCAGCAGCCAAAACCUCAGUCAACCACAUGAAUGAAUCCCACAGCUUCUAGUGCAGCUGUGGCCCAAAGAGCCACAAAUGUGACACAUGGUCCUCAUUUUUAUAUGAAAGCUUUUUCUACUACAAGUCCAACAUUUUGUUGUAAAAAAAAAAAAAAACUUGGUACAGACAAAAUAUGAGCAGGUAACUUAUUUUUAUUUCGUUAACCACAAGACAGAUUUUUAAGUGUCAUUAAGUUUUUUUUUUUUAUCCAAAUGGGCAAAAUUAUGUUUGUCUUUCACUCUAAGUCAUAGACUGCUCACGUUGGUUUGUUUUGUAGAUUUAGUUUACAUGGCAACUUUUAUUUUUAGAUCUUUUGUCCUUUAUUUUUGUGUCAUUCUCAAUCGUGAAAUGUACCUCAACUCCGUCCUUGUUUUCCAUUUUGACCUCCUUCAUACCACUCAGACAACAAUUUGCCUCUAAAAGUUGUCCCUUUUUUAAAUCAAAACUUUCUCACUGCCUCAUUUUAAAAGGCGUGUUUUUCUGUCUUCAGACUCUUCAGCAUGAGCUCAGAGUUCUUGCGUAUUUUUCAGCGCAACAAUCAAGUGAGUCGUGCGACUUAAAAUAUGUGGCUGAAUCAGAUGAAAUUCCCACAGUGUACACCCAGUUUUAUCCAGUCAGGAGUUAUGAAGUGAAUCUGACUAGAAUAAAAGUCAAAAUGGCUUUAAAUAGAACAAGUAUCAAUACAUUGCAGCACAGCAGUACAUAAGAGAUGGUACAUUUGGUAAGAUGAGGAAGCCAACUUAAACUUCUAUAAACAGUCCACCAUCAAGCAGAGUGGAACAAAAACAAUCCUAAUUACUCUGCAGGGAGAUAGAUUUUACGCACCCUUGAUAUGAUGUAGAAAAACACUCUGAAAACCCUGAGCACAGAGUGAUACAGACACAGACGUAGCAUUAACCAUGUCAUGUGCUCCUUCGGUGCACUGUCAGAAUGAACAUUAAUGGGACCACUUCAGAAAAUUGCAGAUUUGUGAGCUUGCUGUCAACUUCUCAAACAUUGACUGUACACAAAACAGCCAUAUACAAGAUUUCACCUUAGACUGUAUGAAUUUUACAAAGCCUUUUGGAUUUUAGUGGCAUGGUUGUUCAGAACUGCUUAGCAUUAAUUGCUAUUUGAGCUGAGUUACAACAGAGAAGCUGAGCCUGAAAUAAAAGCAAAAUAAGAUGGGGUUGGAUGACUGUUACAUAAGAAAAGAAAGUUAUUUCUUCGUAUGGUUGUUGUAAACAGUAUUAAUGCUAUUCGCUACACAGGUGCCAUUUCACCAUGUUUACAGCUCAAAAAACCACUGAGUCUCUGUUUUGGGUCUUGAGGUUGAUUUUCUAUCGUACAUAUAAAGUACUGUAAUGUUUACAGGUGUAUUGUGUAGCGACACAAGUCAUACUAUGUAUGCAUGUUAAAACACUGCUGAUAUACAGUACAGUACUUGAAAGUGAAGCUGUCGGCUUUGUGGUUGUUGUUUUAGCAUCACUGUUUUUCUAAUUGGUGGGAAAAAACAAUCAGGUCACUGAAAGUUUGAAUCAUCCUGUUGUGUUGAUUUCCAUGAUGUUGGCAAGCACGGGGGUCCUCAACCCUACACUGUUGUCAUGGUGAAGAUCAAAAUGUAAAUAUGUAUUUAAUACAGGAACAUUUCUGUCAGAUAAAACGUAACUGUUUAAGUGUGGGAGACGUGUCAUAUUUGUUUUUAUGACUGGAUAUUUGCAUGACAUUUUUGGAGGAGUUAAUCAUUUUCUUUACAUUUCAGCGAAUGUAAUUCCACUGUUUAUAUGUAUGAUAUGUUUUUAGAUAUAAUUGAUUGGUCAUCAGUGUCUGCAUCUGAAAUGAAAGAGGUUUUCAGUGGGUUUCUACCUAAAUGAACUGAACUUGAAUACAUGUGUUUGUACAUGUAUGUACAAAAGUGCCUUCAGAUGGAAUGAGGCAGAACAACAUGUUAAAUGUACAGAUUAACUUUUUAUUGGAGUAUGUAGUCUUUAAGGCUGUUUAUUAUUGAUAUUUGUGAAAAUGUAAUAUAAUGACACUGUAAUGUAAUAUAUUUGUACCAUUUUAUUAAAGCUUUC